CUGGUGGUGCUCGAUUCGCUGGAUACCUCGUCGUCUGCCGGGUCUACUGCAAACGACGGCUGGUUACGGCCCGUUGCUAGUCGAGGGUCGCCUGCAUUGGCUGCCUUUGGUCGGAGAUCACGGCUCGCCGCUGGUCGAGUGCCGGAAGUGAACAGGGCACAAACGAGUCACCGGCAGAGAGGAGAACGGAACUCGCCUGUCGCACUGGAAAUUCAUCGGAACCUGGUGGGCCGCAGCACGGCCUUCUCGUCAACCGCGUUGGAGGCUUCUCGAUCGGUGCUGGUUCUGCUCAUCGUCGAGCUGGUUGCGAGCGGACAGACUCCUUGUCAAUGGCGGACGUCAGCGGUUCCUCUUGACCGAGUCUCGACGGUUGAUGGAAUUGAGGAUGACAAUGGGUGUUUCUGCGAAUUUGUAAAGGAGUAUAAGGGCAGAUCCGAUCAGAAACCGCGUAACCAGAUUUUGGGGAAAUUCCGUCGCGAGGUGAAAUGUGUGAGACGACUGAAUUUUCGAUCUGGUUUUGGCCGAGUAUAUGAAGGUGAGAAUUGGUCGUGA